CCAAUACCCCGCCGUGCAAUCCAGACUACCCCCACCAUGGCGGACUCGACGUCGGGCAAUUCAGCGGCCGCGGUUCAGGAUGAGAUUGCAGUUCUAGAAAAGAACAUUGCGGAACUUCAGGCGCAAUUGAGAGAUGCAAAGGACAGAUUACAGAAGAAGCAGUCAGAGGGCGCGAGCAGCACAGACGACAAACCGUUGUCGCGUGAAGAGCAGAUGAGUCUGAUCAAGGUGAACUUGAAAGAGGUGUUGAACCCGGAAAUCAUGGAGUCGGUCUUGGACAAGGGAAACAGCCUAAAGAUCUACUGGGGAACCGCGACGACGGGAAGGCCGCAUUGUGGAUACUUCGUUCCGAUUCUCAAGAUCGCCCAAUUCCUUCGCGCAGGAUGCCAUGUCAAGAUCCUCCUUGCCGACAUCCACGGCUUCCUCGACAACCUGAAGGCCCCAAUCGAACUUGUCAAGUACCGUGCCCAGUACUACCGCUUCGUCAUUACCUCACUACUCAAAGCUUGCAAUGUGCCCAUCAACAAACUCGAAUUCGUUCUUGGCUCUAAGUUCGAGCUGACACCGGAAUACAUGAUGGACGUCCUCAGACUAGCCAGCAUCACCAGCGAGCACGACGCAAAGAAGGCGGGCGCAGAAGUCGUCAAGCAAACCGAGAACGCGCCCUUGAGCGGCCUCCUCUACCCGCUAAUGCAAGCCCUCGACGAGCAGUACCUCGACGUCGACGUCCAAUUUGGCGGCGUCGACCAACGCAAGAUCUUCGCCCUCGCAAAGGACGUCCUCCCCAAAAUCGGAUACAAAGAACGCGCUCACCUAAUGAACCCCAUGGUCCCAGGCCUCCAGGGUGGCAAAAUGAGCGCCAGCGACCCAGACUCCAAAAUCGACGUCCUAGACACCCCGGACGUCAUCAAGAAGAAACUCAAAAAAGCCUUCGCCCCGCCAAAACAAGUCGAGGACAACGGCGUCCUGAGUUUCGUCGAAUACGUGCUUCUCCCCGCCGGCGAACUCCGCUUCGGGACCCCGAAAUUCGUCGUCGAGAGGCGCGAGGGGGAACCGCUCGUGUACACUGAUAUCAAGCAGAUGCACGACGACUACAAGAACGACGUUCUCUCCCCACAAAUCCUCAAACCCGCCGUUACAGACGCCCUCAUCGCCCUCCUCGCCCCUGUCCAAUCCGAGUUCCAACAAAACGAAACCUGGAAAGACAUCCAACUCAAAGCAUACCCCCCACCGCCCGCCCCACCCAAAAAAGAAAAGAAGAAGAAGGACAAAGGGACCGGAUACCCCGGCGGAGGAGCUGCUGCUUCCGCUGCGAAGAAGAAUAAUGUAGAGGUCAAGGCUGAUGGACAUGUUGAAGGCGAGGGGAAGAGGGAGGUGGAUGUCGGUGUUGAAGGUGGGGCUGAGGCGUUGGGGAAGUUGAGCGUUGGGUGA